AUGGGUUACAUUUAUGAAGCUAUGGAUAGGGCCAAAGAAACAAUUGCACGAGCUUUUGAAAAUAAGACAGAGAAGUACAACCACUUCUUUGAAAUCAUAGAUAAGAGGUGGGAUGUGCAACUUCAUCAACCAUUGCACGCAGCUGCGCAUUACCUUAAUCCAGAGUAUUACUGCAACAACAUGAACAUUGAGAACGGUGGAGAAAUAUCAUUAGGUCUGUACAAGUGCCUCGAGAGAAUGGUUGACGAUGAUGUGCAAGACAAGAUUGGAGAUCAAUUAGAAAUAUAUAAGAGAGCAGGAGGCUUCUUUGGGUUGCCAAUGGAUGUUCGACAAAGAUCACUAAAAGUUUUAAGGCGUAGAUAUGAACUUCGUGAUCAAAUUGAUCCCAUCUUGUUAAAUGAGAUUGAUGAUAGCAAUGAAUGGCUGGUUGGUAAGGUUGAUGGAGAGAGCGACGAAGAAGAUGAUGACUUUGUAUUUUCCAAAGAAGAUGGAUUAACUUACAAAGAUGUUGCAAAUGCUUCUGGAGCAGGAGAGCCUCCCUAUAAUUCCAGGCAACAAAAGGGAAAAAAUACCACUGAAUCAUCAUCUAAAAUGCGUUUAAUUGAUGAAAGUGAAGACGAGGAAGAUGAAAUUGAAUUUACCGAAGGGAAUAAGCAUCUUGAAGAUGAAGAUUUCGAAAAUCUUCAAGAAGAGUUUGACGAUGAUGAUGAUGAUUUUUAG